AUGGCGACCGUCCCCGUGCCGACCGCGUCGUUCGCGCGUCCUCGCCGCCGUUAUCCCGACCUCGCCGGAGCGACCCUCGGGCCGUCCCGUAGUUGUAAAUUUGGCAAUGUCACGCGCGCCUCCGCUUCGUCCACCGCGUCCACCACCGUCGAGACCGGUGCCGGGUUGAAAUUGGAGAUCCUCUCGCAGAAGGCGGCGGGCGGCGCUACGAAGGCGCCGAUGCUCUUCGUCCACGGCAGUUAUCACGCCGCGUGGUGCUGGACCGUGCAUUUCUUCGAUUACUUCAGCGCCAGGGGACACGACUGUUACGCCGUCUCGCUGCGUGGGCAAGGCGGGAGCGACGUCCCGAGCGGCGUCGCCGUCGCGGGGACACUCGAGGAGCACGCCGCGGAUGUUAAAGACGCGUGCGCGUUCGUGUCGAAGGCGUCCGGCGCACCUCCCAUCCUCGUGGGGCACUCGUUUGGCGGGCUCGUGUGCCAACGCCUGUUCACGGGCGAGCCGCCGCCGUUGUCGGGGCUCGCGCUGCUCGCGUCUGUGCCGCCUUCGGGGAACGGUGAAAUGGUGAAGCGGUUCCUGAAGCGAUCGUUCAUAGCCAGCAUGAAAAUCACGUACGCGUUCAUCGCGGGCGCGUUCAAGACGAACGAGAAGUUAUGCAGGGAGUGCUUCUUCAGCGACGAUCUCCCGGACGCUGAGUUGAAGACACACAUGGGCUCGAUUGCGACGUCGUGUCGCGUGCGGCUACUAGACUUGAAAGCGUUAAAUGAUUCGCUACCGAUUCCACGGCCGAUUCCCGGGUCGCCGCCGGUGUGCGUGAUAGGGGGCGAAAACGAUUUCGUCGUGGAUGUCGAGGGCGUCGCGGAGUGCGCGGAGUGGGGCGGCGUCGACCCCGUCGUCCUUCCGAGAGCCGCUCACGACCUCAUGAUCGAUACUCGAUGGGAGGCGUGCGCGCAGGCGCUUGCGAAGUUCGCCACGCGCGUCGGGAGGAAGGGGGAGUAG